UUUUUUAGACUAAUAUACUGAUUGUACAAUGUUUUCGAUGCUUUGUAAAAAAAAAUAAAAGUAGGGUAACAAAAAAAUGUAAUAUCCAUGUGCGUCACUUGAAAACCAAAUGAGAGCGACUUUGUCAGAAUAAUAAAUUUUAGUUUUUAGGGUGUUGAUGAGAUCCCAAAAAAGGUGUUGAUGAGUUUAUUUGCCAAAUAAUCAAAAAAAAAUAGAUUUAUAGUGAAAGGCUAGAAAAAGAUAGAAAAAAAAAUGAAGAGAGAGAAGAUGCGUUUGGUUAAAUAGUGAAUUUAAAGUUUUUAUGUAUAUUAAACUACCGUUUCAAUCAACAAUUCGAAAAAUGUCCAUGGAGUUUUGUCGAAUAUCAAAACCCUAUUUAUUUCUUUCAAUUCUUGUUUUUCUCCUUUGUUUUAAGAGAGCAUGAUAGGUUUGCAUACUGUAAGGCUAAAUUUGCUUUAUAUAAUAUGCACUCCUUUCGGACCUGGACGUUUAUCUUUAUAAAAUUAAAUAUGUUGGUUGCUCAAAAAAAAAAAAGGGAUAAAUUUAAGAUAUCCCAUUAAUUGGAUUGUUGCCAAAAAUAAAUAAAUAUCCAUUAAUCGGGCUUUAAAAUAAAAUUAUUGGGCCAAUGCUAACAAGGAUCACUAACUUUGGUGUAUACUCUAUAGUGCAAUUCAAGAUCAGCCGCCAUAAUAUGUCUUUCAAUCUUUUCUUGGCCGCUAUAUAUAAACGACGACGUUUUGUGUGCAAAUUUGCUACUUCCCGCCGCGCCCUUUGGUUUCUCUGUAUUGAGAUUUAACGACGAAACCACUUGGCAACGAAGCUUCUCACCCUUCGCGUUCAUUGUCUCUCCCCCUCUCACUCUCCCCUUACCCUUCAAGAUUAAUAUUAUCAGCGUUGAGUUCGUUGUUGACGAUUAACGGAUUCUCACUCUCUGCAAACAAUGUCUAGUACCAAGAUGAACAUUCCGAAACCUCCUCCUCUUCCUCUUCCUCGUAUAACCUACCAGCGUCCUCAAGCUUCUUCCACAAGGAACCCUUCCAGCUCAUCAUCACGCCUUGUGCCAAAAGAAUCAGUAGCAACUUGGGAAAAGGUUUUCAUAGAUGGAACUGGAGGUGAUACCAAUGUUCACACCGAGGACAACUUUUAUCUAUUAGCCCAUUCAAGUAUCCUGUCUGCAGCUUCACCUGUUAUGGCGAACCUUCUCAAUCAGUCCAGGGGCCAAAAUGGAAAACCAUACCUCAAAAUCUCUGGAGUGCCUUAUCAGCCAGUCUACAUGUUCCUUCGGUUUCUCUACUCGUCCUGCUACGAGGAGGAAGAAAUGAAGGAGUGUGUGAUCCCUUUGAUUUUUCUCUCGCACAUCUACUCGGUUCCAUCUCUCAAAAGAGUUUGCGUAGAGGUUCUCGACCAAGAAGGAUACAUCAACAAGGAGAACGUGGUCGACGUGCUCCUGCUAGCACGAGCCUGCGACGCCCCGAGGAUUUGCUUUCGAUGUAUCUCGAUGGUCGUCAAGGACUACGAAUCUAUCUCUCCAACGGAAGGAUGGAAAGAGAUGAAACGGUCUGAUCUUCUCCUCGAACAAGAAGUCGAGGCGGUUGUCGAAGCGCAGGAAGAGAGACAAGAGAGAAGGGUAAAGCUCAAGGAGAAGAAGAUGUAUUUGGAGCUUUAUGAAACCCUAGAAGCUCUUGUGCACAUUUAUAGAGAAGGUUGCGUGACGAUCGGGCCUCGUGAUAAAGCGCUUAAAGGAGGAAGCGAGACGGUGUGUGAGUUCCGGUUUUGUAAAGGUGUUGAAGGUGCGCUUCGACAUUUCUUGGGAUGCAAGUCUAGGGCUUCUUGUCCUCGUUGCAAAAGGUUGUGGCAGCUUUUUCAGCUUCACGCUUGUAUCUGUGAUGAUGAUUCUGAUUCUUGUGACGUCCCUCUAUGCCGGAGUUUGAUGGAGAAAAUGAAGAUUAGGAAGAAAGAAGAUGAAUCUACAGUGCGAUUGCUUGCGGAAAAAGUUAUUACAGCCAAGAACAGUCUAGGGCCAUUCUCUGCACGUCUUUUUGCUUUGGUAUAAGACAGGUUUUAGAGUCACUAAAAUGUAAAUAUAUUCAAGGGAAAUUGAUAUAGACUAUGUGGUAUAUUGCGCAAGAAGAAGGCACACAAUAGUCUUUGUAAAGAAGUUUUUGCACCAUUGUACACAUUUGAUGUGUAGUGUAUGUAUUAUGUUAGACGUCAAGAUAUACACAAUAUUGUCCUAAACGACUUUAAGAGUUUAGA